AUGGAGACCAUGGAGAUGCAACAGGAGCUUGCAGGCUCAGAAGGACCUGGUCCAAAGGACUACCGCAAAAACAUCCGACGUAUCUUUGUGUCGCUCUUCUUCGGUGUCGCACUGUCGGCAGUGACGCUUGGUCCACUGUUCGAUGCUUACUUGCUGAACAUCGGAGGAGUGAAUGGAAACAAGCUGGUUGGUGCCGUGGAGUCCACGCGAGGAAUUCUGCAGCUCGUGCUGGCAUAUCCUAUCGGAGCCGUGUCUGACAAGAUGUCGAGAAUUCGGCUGCUGAAGUUGGAUUUGCCGUUUUGGACUCUCGGACUAGGCUUGCUGAUCAUUGGAGUGCUGCUAGACAGCCUUCCUCUGCUGUUCAUUGGCAUCGGGGUUUGGGCGCCCUGUUCCCAGUGCUGGAACAGUACUGCGCAGGUGGUUGUGGCCGACUCGGCACAUGCGGGCGAACGCGUCAAGGUUGUCUCGCGAAUGACAUCUCUUCGGCUCAUAGCAAUCGCAUCCGGACCGCUUCUUCAAGCCCUCAUGCUUUUGAUCUCGCAUCAGAAUCAUUGGGGAAGCUCCCUGCUGCGGUCGGUAAUUCUGUCUGGCUGUGUACUGUGGCCGGGAGUCUUGAUAUGGACUUUGCGGCUAAGCGAUCUCCCGCCACUCGAGACAAGAGGCGGCAGCCGUCAAAAUGAGCAUUCGGCUUAUGCUGCUAGCGAUCUGGAGCGUAGACAUCUCGGUAUUCCAGUCAGGUGGUGGAUUGCAGGCACACUCGAAUUUAUGUCGCUUGUUACAGCCAUCGGCGCCGGGAUGACAGUGAAAUUCUUCCCGCUCUUCUUCCGGGUCGACUAUCACUUCACACCCUUGGAGGUUUGCAUUCUGAGUUGCGUGUACCCUCUGUGCAUCUCUGCCAUGGUGGAAAUCUGCCGCAGAAUAUCGAAGCGACUCGGUCGCCUUACAGCAGUGAUGCUUUUCCACUUCCUUGGCACCGCAUGUCUGUUUGCGAUGUGCUACAUCAGAUCGCUUGUCCUGGUCCUUCCGCUCUACCUGCUGAGGGGUGCGUUGAUGAACGCAAGAGGUCCUAUCGUUCGCUCAAUGAUCAUGGACUUGGUUACCUCCGACCUUCGGGGAAGAUGGAACUCCAUCCAGUCUUUGUCUGGCUUCACGUGGUCUGGAAGUGCCGCUCUAGGCGGCUACUUGGCUGACUAUGCCGGCGACUAUCGAUUCACAUUUAUCGUGACCGCCUUGAUCUACACGGCGUCUUUCUUCAUUGGUUUGCCUCUUUAUUUCAUCUACCCAGCAGAUCAGGCAGCUGCAGCCCAGAUGCCGGCACGAGAUGUCUUGCCUGGUGCCGGCGCAGCGUCCAGAGCUUCCGAAGGUGCCCGUGCUGGAGCACAAGGUGGAGCAUCGGCGUCCUGA